GUCCACAGAUUGAAAGACAGCUGUAACUUGAGAGUCGUCUAUGAGUAUAGGUCCACCUAAAAAUGUCUGUAAUCUGUUGUCACAAAGGAUACAUGUGGGACUAGUGUGGUUUCUAUGUCUUGUGUGUCGUCCCCAGCAGUUUCAGUACUGUGAAAAGGUCCAUAUGCUGGCUGAGCAUUGGGGAAUGAGCUUGUGCUCUUGUAAGUAGGCUGUGUCUAAACGACUUUGUCACCAAGGUGAUGUACUCAAUAUAGCAUAGGGUCAACGUUGUGCUCAGUCUAGACAAUGAGGCUACUGUAUAUUUUUCUACUGGUUGCUGGAUUACAGAUGCAAGAAGCCUAUAGUUUAUCUUGCGUGAACGGAAGCAUCUUGGACAUUGUGGCAGGUCAUCGAAAUCUUCUGACGUGUCACACAAAUGAAGUACAGGAAUGGAGACUAAGUGUCGGUAAUGCAUCGUCAUCAUUAAUAGCAAAGUGGGAGAAUAAUAAAUUCAAUGUCAUUAAUGACUUUGACAAAUCUUUUAUUAUACAAAAUAUCAGCAAUCAACAAAGUCCGUUGUUGGUCAACGCUGCAAACAACACAAAGAUAAACAGAGAUGUUUCCAUUGUCAACGGAACUUUAUUGUGUGGAAAUGGAAACAUAGCAUGUGGACUAAACUAUGUUGAUCCCGCAGAUGGCGUUUCGUGCACCACCGUGACGUCAUCAUUGAAUGUCACUGUCACCUGCAGCAUCAGCAGCGCCUACUCCUCUCGGAGAAAUUACAAAUGUCAGCUGAUUCGGCGAGAACAGGGUUUAACAGACAAAACUUUGGACAGGGUCACCAUGGUGACAACUUCUACUAAAGAGCCAGUAACAAAGACUGAGGUCAAAGUGUCGGGGUCCUGUCAGGUCCACACAACCUUCCCCCCACACAGCGGCAGCUACGGCUAUUAUGUGAAGAUAACUCCGGGAGGACAAAGCCAUGUGGCCAAGUAUUCUGAACACAAUUCAGAAUGGUUUACAGUCGAAUCACCGUCGCUACCAAAGGUAGUAUGUCACCCAGCGCCCUACGUGUUAGACAACACCAACAUCAGUUGUACCUGCAGCACCACAAGUUUGGGGAAACCUGCAGGGUACCUGACGUGGGUAACGGGUAAAUACACCCACGGAAAUUUUAACAACCCACUUAGAGGAGAUCGGAGUGAUGACAAACCUACUGAACUACACUACAGUCAGACCCUGACCCUGGCAGACCACAGCAACACCUGGUUUAGAUGUGACGUCACGUGGGGCGGACAGCAACAUCGAGGAGAGAACUACACGGCGAAUGUUGGAUACAAGACACGACAUCCACAGCUAUCUCUCAACAAGUUCAGUAAAAAUGUGACGGUGUCAGAAGGUCAAUCAGUGGAUGUGAACUGUUCAGCAGAAGGCAGACCAGAACCAACUGUUACCCUCAUCAAUACAGUAAACAAUACCAAGAUGGCCACAGGCUCCUCUGUCAUCCUCUCUAACUUCAGCGCUCGGUGUGAGGACGGGGGAGAGUACACAUGCUCCGCGCAGAACUAUUUUUCCUCCCAAUCACCUCUUAAAACCUCUCUCCGCCUGCAAGUGAAUUGUAAGCCGCAGUCCCUGUCUCCAGGUAAUGUCAUCAAGGUGAGAAAAAUGCACUUUGACCUCAUGGCCUACCCCAAGCCACACACCAUGACAAUACUCCCCCGGGCAAGUGAUGUCGGUACGUCUCCACAUCCUGUUGUAUCAGCGAUAUCCUGCACUGUCUACCCCCACCUACCUUACAAGUUUACCUGCAACUUCACAGAGAACACACAAGGCUACUACCAAGUUGUGGUCACCAACGAUUUUGGUGAUGGAAACUUUACUCUAGAGAUUGACGAUGGUGACGACACCAGUGACUCUGACAUCCACAAUGAGUCUCAAAACAUAACAGCUUUGGUUGCUGGAGUCACCACUCUUGCCGUUGUCCUCUUUGCCAUUGUCUUUGUCAUUGUAAUUGUUGCUGUGAAAAGAAAGAAAUCAGGGAAACGGCGGACACUGCAUCGCAGAGAGGAAUACAAGACGCCUUGGGACCUAGUGCCGCUAAACAUCAACGGACAUGAUGUAGACGAUAAUAGAGAACAUCUACAACCACCCAUCUUCUACGAAGACAUCGGUGCUGGCGUCGUCUUUGCAGAUGAAGAGAAUCAAACGCAGGAGGAUAAUAAAGAAUCAACCGCUUCUGAAGCCAUGUACGCUAACAUUGGAAACCCAACAUUGGAUGACAAAACUAUAAAGAAAGCACAACAAAAGGAAGGAAAUGAAAAAACCGAGAACAAAUACUCGGAAAAUCCACGUGACCUUAUUAACAAGUAUAAGCUUGACAAAGACAAGGUCUCUGGCAUCAAACGCAUGACAUCUGCCGCCGAGCAGGUAGUGAACACUACUCAUCCGAAGCUGGCAGAACACAGCAACACGUCGUCUGCCGCUGCUGUUGUUGCUGAGGACACUGGGAGAUGGACGAACCAGGAUGGUCUCAUCUACACGUCUAUCAAACAUGAUUGCAACCUGGGCACGAAGAGACCUUCACCUCGACUCCAGAGAACGGAGUACGCAGAGGUCACUUUUAAUAACGGUAAAACCCAUGUCUGUGACUGAUGGCGAAGUUGUAGUGAAUGACAAGAUGUUCAUGGUGUGGGUCGAGGUACAUUGUCUCACCAAGCUAGUCUGCUACUAUCCUACGUGUUAUAUGACUGCUUGGUGUUAUAAUCAAACAACAACGACUGUGUAUUCAUCCCCAGUGCAGCAAGAUUACCGGUAGUGAGAAAUAGUUUAUGCAAGCGGUCAUAUGGAGAGCUGUCUAUACCCUAGACAUAUAACAACAGCAAGGACGGUAGCAAAGUCACUGUGUUGUGACCUUUUUACCGGGUCAAGUGGCUUCCCAGGCGCAAGAUGACAUUGUCCAGUCUUUGUACGAGAGGACUGCAGAUCGUGCACUUUAUUAGCCUCUGAAAAACAUGCGUGGACGCCUUCACAAUGACGAGUUUUGGAUAAUUUAUUUUUACCCUCUCUAUUUUGACAUCGUGAUUAUCGAUAUCAUUAUAUGAAUUAAUAAUCAAGCAAACAAAGUGAAAUAUUAAUCUAGACCGACAGACAGACAGCUUAGGAUAUGUGGUAAUAACUACUUGAUAUUAUUUUUAGACAGCAGUGUACAACUGAAUAGUGUUAAUGUCAAUGGACUCUCUGUGUAGGAGAUCAGCGUGACUUGUUUUGCCAAAAAUUAUUUCCCUGCCCACUCAAAACCUACUGUGCAGAUGUGCAAGGGAGGUAAACCCCACAGCUACCGUGAAGAACUGUUCAGGGGAGGUAACGACAUCAUAAAACGAAUGCUUUCUCAUUUCCUGUUCUAAAUAUAUAUAUAUAAGAACUUUGGGGUCAAAUUAUUGAACCCCAACCCAUCCACCCCAAAUCUGUCAAUAUGUCGAAAGGAGCUGCUUAGAUGGUAACCACUACUGUGUAUAGAGGUCUGCUUUGCACUUUACUAUAUGGUAAUAUUUUUCUGCAUAUUAUCUGUUCUUUACUUCCAUUUCAAACUAGUUUACACUCAGUUUUGUAAUAAGAAAUCUGUUUCUAUAAACACAAAACUUUGCCGUUAUUAAAAUGAGACUGAAUAUUUUAUUUAAUUUGGAUUCAUUUUGAACUACAAAAAUGAUUAAAUGUUUGUUUACAAUUUAUUAUGUUUGCAAGGAAAACAUUUUUAACCUCAAAAAGAGAUCAUUCCAAAUGUUUGUUACAAUGAUACAAACAAAGAAAAAAUGCUUUAUAGAUGUCUUUGACUGUGCAGAGAAAGUGCAGAAAUCUGAAUCUUGUAGUUGAAACAGUAAAUGGAUGGGCGAAAAUUUGUCCCCAUUAAAGUCUGUAUAACAUUUGUUUCCAUUUUUUAAUGGAGGUAGAAGGGAUCUGUGAACAUAGCAAUUUAUGAUAUAUCCAUUUUGUACCUUUUAUAUGUUUAGUUAUACCUAGGAAUGAAGCAUGGAAUUGAGUUUCUUGAGUCCUUUCGUAAGUGACAAAUCUUUCUUUUGUGUUUAACAAUUGCCAUGAUUAAACUAUAGUAAUCAAUAAAAUUAACACUAUCACCAUGCAUUUAUUGGAAAUUUUCAAAUGUUAUAGAUAUUCAAUUAUUAUUUUGUAAAUCUCCAAUUUUUGUUAUAUUAUAUUUUAACCAUUUUCGGCCACAUUUUACUAUUUUAUGAAACAAUAAUGGUUGACGCAGAAACUCUUCUAGUGAGUAGGAGUAAAUCUAUCGCUAAAGUCUGUAUAUACAACUUUGUUUAGCAAAUAAAUUCUAAUUAAACCGUGACUACAGCAAAAGUAAAUGUGUAUAGUUAGGCAUGGAAAACACUUUUAGAAGAUAUCUAAUUCUACUUAUGUAAAGAACAAGAACUUGACUAUAAUGGAAUUACAUUUUUAGUUUUCCUUCUUUGUCUUACACUAUUCUACAAAGAAAGACAGCUCUUAUUAUUCAUCCGUCUCAGCUUUGAUCAUAUUUCUACUUUCAUAACUUUCGAACCAAAGAGUGAAACAUCUUUCAGGUUUUCUUGUUUAUAUACAGUUUUUUUUCACAUUAGCUAGUAUGAUUAAACAGAACUUGAUGAUGCUCCAUAGCAAUUUUUGUAUUUGAUUUAAUAAAAAGUUUGUAAAAAAUAAGUUACCAGAAAAAAUAUGCAACGGUGUAACUUUAAAGACAGUGCAUGAAGUGUCAAGAAUUAUCGGAACCACCAAGAUGUCAUCUGAUGGAGGCAAUUUCAGGAAAAAGUCAUCACGUGACGCUAAACCGCCUCCAUGAAGGGGCAUUCUGCAAGCUAGAAGAUCUUUUCUCAGUCAUGUGACUGAAGCAAGUGAUAUACAUUAAUUAAGUGCGGCUACGUACCGGUCGACUGUUACACUCAUUCUCUUCCCCUCCACCCUUAAUGACUUAAUCAGCUUCUCCACGUACGCCAAACAGAUAUGUCCGGGACUUACAGACCGGUAAAAGGCCGUCCGAGUGUCUAAGUACGAUAAAGGGAGGGUCUUGUAAUUUUAAACCACUUCCUCCAGUCGACAGUCCUCCAAGCUGGAGACGGUUUCCCCUGUCUCUAACCCGCUCAAUGCUCGCUAAAGAUGGCUGCUGCGACAAAAUUAUGCAAUCCCAAUAUUGUCAUUUUACCUUCUGACUACGGACUUCAUAACGCUAAUUUAUGAGCUUUUCUCACAAACUCUUUGGUGGUUUUCAUAGACAAAUCCUUCCCAAACCUGUCUCGAAGCUUCGGAUCAUCCCUAUAGUGCUUAUUCUACUUUAUUAAUUCUUUCGUGACUCUUUAAACUUCCUUUCAUAUUCUUGUGAUUGUGAUCUUGUCAUGUCAAUAAAUCAUGCGCAAUGACUCUUUUGGCAGGCUCGGGUUGUCAUGGAGCGAUUUAAUGGUUAACUUGACUGCCAUGUCAUUAUGUGCUGCAGGAGAAUUAAGGAGAUAAAAAGAUAAUACCUGAACUGUUUGAACAUUAUAACAUGUCAUUACACCACAGAUAGUGUGAUUUUAGUUGUGAUGCUGAACUAUUAAAGUGUAUUAUUGCUAUUAAAGAUAAAUUUAUGCUGUA